AUGGUCGCUACGGGCUUCUCAGCGGCUUUGGCUCUCCUGCUUAGCCAAGUUGGCCAAGCUGCUGCAAGACUUGGCUCGCCGGAGAACAGCACGGGACUUCCACAGAACACAACGGUGAGGUCGAGGCAUGCUUGGGAGCCUGAGAACUUCAGCCACGAUCUUCUGGAAACAAAUGGCACCCGUGCAGCCAACGCCCAUCGUUACGCCGGCUAUGCAACCUUUGCCACAACUACACGCUACGGCGAUGCGAAGGCCGCCGCUUGUGGCGGCAUGCACACCGGGCAGCUGACUGCAGGUCUGCCAUACUACAGCGUCGCGUCUGCUCAGUCCAUGUGGCAGGGCUGCUGCUGGUGCCAGGGUCCUGGUGGCGGCUACGGCACCAUGGGGCUCGGCUGCUUCAGCUGCGCGAAGGGGCGCUUCCUCCAUUCGGCCUACGGCUUGAAGGGGCACAGCCUCAAGUCCUUGGAGAAGAGCGGCUUCGCUUCAGAAGAGAUCGUCAUCGUGGUAGCAGACCUUUGUCCUUACCAGGGGAACGAACGCUGGUGCCCGGAGCGGCCUGGGCAGCGGAACGAUUACGGUGCCCACAACCACCUUGACUUCUCCCAUCCGCCUCCGGGCAUCGACAAUCACAAUUUUGUCUUUACCCCGAUCGAGUGUCCUCAUGACCUCCGUGAAAGAUACAACGCCUUGUCGCGCUGCGUCCGGUGA